ACUCCUCCUCCCCUUCCUCCUCUUUCUCCUCCUCCUCCUCAUCCGUCCUCUCUUUGCCAUAUCCACCCACCCAUCCACCCACCAGCCCACCCUCUCCCUGCCUCUCUCUUACACACACAUACACACAUACACUCAAUCACGAACGCACAGGGAUUGCAGCAACAGCAGCAGUAGCAGCAGCACCGCGAGAUGGAGAUCUCCCCUGCAUGUGUGAGUGCCUAUUCCCGGUGAGUGCAGGGGACGAGAGCGAAUGAGUGUCAGUUAUGCAUUGAAUGAGGUUUAGGGGGGGGAGUACAAAGCAGAAGGGGGGUAUCAAUAAGAACCUGAUGAGGUUUUGAGGCAAUGUCUGUCUGCUUUUCCCCCAUCCUGAUAACCUGAAUCUUUUGCCGGAUGUGUCACAACUCCUCCAGCUGUCACCGCACCGGCUGCCUCUCACUCUGUCCUCCUGCAGCCUGUGAGUGCUGCUCCUGUGGCUGGAUGGUCCCCUGGCGCCCACUGAAUACAUGGAUGAACACUGGCUCUACAGGGGAUCUGCGCUUUCUUGUCCUUUGCACCUCUGAUCUGUUUCUCAAGGUAAGAAGUAUGCUCCCUAUUUUUUGGAGUUACGCACAGGUAUUGCAGUGAAAGUCAGGGAUCCAUCUGAUUUGCCCUUUUAAAAUCCUAUUUCAAUCAGUCUGGAGCUCGCAUGAAAUCUGAAUAAAUACUAUCAAAAGUCUUUGAGUAAGUGAUGCGUGUGUAUGAUCCCUGCAUGCAAUGCAUAAGAUAUGGAUAUGUCAGGGAGGGGGCAUUUCUGCAUCUGAGCACUGAAGGGUUUAAUACCUAAUCAGGAGGACACGUCCAGGAUUUUAUUUUGCAAUUUGUUAAAGAGAUGAUGCAAUUUGACUUUGAUUUAUACACUUCAUCAUAAUGCGUGCCUGUGCAGCCGGUGACAGUCAUGCAGUGUCUCUCAGAUGAGGCAGAGGGCUGAUUUUAAAAGAUUGCUGUACUUGUGAAUUGUCCAGGCUUGAUAGUGAGGAAUAUUGAUGAGCGAUCACUAAUGGACUGUUGUAUAUAGCGGCUGUCGGAAUGAUGGUAAAUUAUUGGUAAACACCUUGCGCAUAAAGUGGCGUAGACUGUGUGACAAAUUCGUAUGCAGAGGGGCUGAUGUGCUCCUCAAGGCUGAAUUUGAUGAGCGGUGGAUUUUGGACUUCUCAUGACUAAUGACAUGUGCGAUGUGAGAAGCUCUGGAGUGCUGCAUCACAUAGAGAGCUGCACUUAUAUUGCUCUCUCCCUUCCUCUCUCUCUCCUCUCUCUCUCUCUCUGUCCUUCUUUUUUCAACACGUCAUCUCUUGACUACCUGAAUUUACAGGAAACACACACAGGGCACAGCUCAAAGGUGCCAAACACACUGUAGCGUGUCCAUUCCAGCACCCUCUCACCUAUUGUAGAUAUCAUGUCCUACAUUACACCUUGGUUAAUCAUCAGUAAAACCUGAGUACACAUGUAUGCCAGUCGCCCAACCCCUUAUUAAUCAAUGAACUCAUCAGGGUGAUGCACUAUGGAUGUAAUCUCUGGAGUGUUGAAGGCUGAGCCUGUCUGUCUACUCCAUUAUUUUAUAUUAAAAAAAAGCGACACACUCUGGCAGGACAGCAUGUGAUCAAAAAAAAAUCUAAAUGCCCGUCUGCAUAUCAGCCUCUCCAAACUUACUCAUCCCAAAGAUCCAUUUCACAGCCACUGCUCUCAUGGAGGAGAUACAGAGGAAUGGAGCUCUUUAAAAACCUCUAACUCUUCCACAUAACAGUAAGUGCCGCUCAGUGAUAAAUCUUUUAAGUCAAUGUCGUAUAGCAAACUUUCACAGGUGUAGCCGGAAGCCAUGAAUGAAUACAGAUAGCUGUGGACGACAGCUGGGUAAAAAAAAAGGUGUGUGUGUGUGUUAUGUGUGUGUGCGCAUUAAGUAAAGCUCAUGAAACUGCUUUGGAUUGUUUUCAAGAACUGAAGAAGAGACAAUAUAAAAAUCUCUGACUGGCGAGGGUUUACAGUCAGGAGGAAAGGGAGAGCAUUGAUGGUGUUGGAGAAAAUGAUAACUGCAAUCUGGGGUGUGUAGGGGGCUGAACUUGUUCUGUGCUGUAGGAGUGCAGAUUGCUUUAAAACACUUACAAAACUUCAACAGGACAAAAAAAGAAAAGAAAUCUCAGUCUUGACAGCUUUCUGGAGCACAUUUGCGACAAAAAAAUGCUAAAGAAGGAUGUCAUGCAUGUCCACAAUGCCUUGGAGGAUGCAUGAUGAGCACAGCAUCAGCCUGGCUAUCCUGACCCUGCAGCACACCCUUAGUUAAGCACACACUACUAAAAUAAUGAGCUGUUGCAAUUGCACAGCAUCCCAUGUUUAUGAUGCAGUCACUUUGUAUUGAUGGUGCAGUGGAGAUAACUGUGUUUGAGGAGUGGGAGGACGCCAUAAUAACAUUACUUAAGCAUUAAUGAGAGUGGCGAGACAGUGUUAUCCUAUGUAAAUAUCCUGCAGAUGCACUUCGGUAAUUAUGGCGUUGACGCGGGCUGACAAGGAUGUAAGGCAAUCCGAGCAAAGCCAUCUCUUUCCUCCCUGCUAUGCGAGGGGCAUAAAUCAUGAGUCAGCAGUGUUGUGGACUCACUAUUGCAAGGAAAAUGGAUCCAACCCCUCUAUUAACAUUCUUUACAAACAGCCACAUUUCUACAACAUUGUGGUCAUAAUAAAUCAAUCAUGACAGUGUAGCUAACAGUGAUUUCCUCCUUUUUUUUUUUUUUUUUUUGCUCGUGCAUUUUCAGCGUGAAGAACUGAAGGGCAAUUGGAACAGACAACGUGGUCUGCCAGGGUACAUAAGGAGAUUUCAGAGGAUUACUUUUGCAAUUUUAGAGUCAAUGCAUUAUUCAUAAUCCUUUGGAUAGCUGAGGCCAAAUCAGGGAAGGACCUCAGGUCAUUAGCAGAGAUAUAGCUUGCUUUUGAGAAGAGGAGGAGGAGGAGAAAGGAGACGACAAGGCAGAAGGAGAUUCUCUCUCAACUAUCUGAAUAUAUCCGUGUGUCGCAUCAGGCUUUCGCUCUCACUCUCUGACUUCUAACGAGUCAUUGAGGAGCUUUUCUUGAUUCCCUUUGUGUGAAUUACCAUUUAGCUGCUAUACAUGCCUUACAUGGCUGCAUGAGAAAUUGUAUGCGCUUAGAAGGAGACUUCCUGCAGAUGUGAUUACCUUUUCACUGGUGUGAGAUUGCUAUUUCUGAGUGUGAAAUAGUGUGAUCCUGUGUGAAUCAGCCUCAAACCAAUUCUUUUUAUCCGUGCAACCGCUUCCGACAAACAACUUACGCUAAAUCAAAGUGCACACUAAGCUAUGUUUCAGAACAAAUACCACCCCCAAUAAAACGCCGCUGCUCCGAAUUCCCAAACAACUGUGUGUAAAUUCAUGACACAGCACACCAUAUUGUUCACGUAUAAUGAGAUUGAGCGACUUGCCUGUUUUGUUUUGUUUUUUUUAUUCUCAUCUGGCACUGAAUGCAGAGCAGCCACUGAAGUGACACCAGAAGCCGUUGGCAUGCAGUUUAGUAUUUGUGUCAUUUGAGCAUUAAUUGGAAGCAAGAUGAAACACGGCUGCCUCUACAUUAAUUCAGUUUUAUCAACAGUCUGAGCUGAGCUGAGCUGAGGCUGGUAUCUUACAGUGGACACCCUGCAAGGUGAAACACACGGGACUCCCGAAAAAUACAAUCUUCUGCUUUUACUAUCAGUCCUCCUUGUUCCUGCUCACACUCCAUAAACACUGUAAAUAACCUCAGCAAAAUAUACACGCACCAACGUCUGGAAAAAAUAACCCUGUAACACACACAAGAUGAACAUCAUCUAUGCCAUGGAGACAAACCAACAUGCACCGGUGUAGUCCGGUGGUUAAAUCACAUCUCAUGUAUAAAGGUUCGCUCUGGAAGACUGGGACCAGGUGUGAAUCUGAUCCACAGCCUCCACUCCCUCUUUCCAACAUCCUAAUCCAUCUACUGUCCUAUCCUAUCCUCUGCAUAAGGGCAUAUGAAACAAUACAAUGUUGGAGACAAAAAAUAUUCAGUCAAGCUUCUGUUGGCAAACAAGUGCAAACAAAGCUGCAACCCCUGCUGCUAAAAUGCAAAGCUCAUGCAGAAAUGCAACCAAAUGCAGUUCAUUGAGAGUCCACUUGAGGCUGGCUCUAAAAGCCUAAGUAUAAUAUAAGUAUAUAUUUACAUUAAAAUAUUUGUUUUUUUAAGGCAAAACCAAACAUAUUUCACUUCCAAAAAAGUCCCACUCCAAUCGACUUUUUAAAAAACUAUUUAGAGUGUUAUCAGGGGUCUUUAAGUUGUGAUCAUUUAGUUUUUUUAGCCAAAAAUCUCCUUACCUGAGUCAUUUUUUAGGGCUUUUCUCCCGCAGAACUCCAGUAGCUCAUUCGUAGUUCGCCUUCGAAUCGUGGGCGGAGAUCGGAGCGCCAUUACGCGCCGUCAUUCCCGACUGGCGCGGGUCUCGCUCUCGGUGCCGGGAGCGCUCUCGUUGCCCGCGAGCCAAGCUCCGUCAAACUGUUAACUGUUUCCCCGCACCUGUGUCCCGCAGUCCUGCACUCCAAUCAGCCGUUUCCCUUGUUAUCUGGACACUUAUCUCCACGCUGUAAGCGUUUGAGGGUGCAACACCACAACUACACGACACACACACGCAGACACCCACUUCCUUGCUGCCAUCUUACAAUCAAACCGGGGUACUUCCGGAUCCAUCGGUAAAUAGCGCGAGGUGGCGCGCUGUUGGGGGUCAUAUGACCGCCGGACCAUACCAGUAUAGUUCAUUUGUGAUAUUUUGUCUGAUUUAUUGUAUUUUCAAGGGGUAAGGCUUAUAAUUGUAUGGAGGGUAAUUAGUGCCUUUUAGUCUAUGGUGAAAUUUCUGAUUUAUUGAGGAUUUUGUGUUGUACUUUACAUAUGGUAUCUUAAACCCCUAUACUUUGUGUAUGGAUGUGCCCGGGGAGGGGCUAGGUGGGUUUAAAAGAAGGCUGCCUUGGCGUUUUUUGGAGCGUGGAGCUGGUGGCAAAGAAGGUAAUGACUGAACUGAUUUUUUUGUAUUGCUGCUGUGUCGCUGAAUUGCGAGUUAUUGAAGAACUCUAACCUUGUUGGGAUUGUUUUAUUUUUGCCUUGAACAUUGUUGUAAACAGUAUUUUGACCAUUUUUGCAUCUUUUUUGUAAAUAUUUUUGCACUGCACCUUGAGAAGCCAGCUAUACAUGAAUUUCACCAUCACCGUACUUUUCAACUGCGCCUGUCUUUUCCACUGUUCUUUUAUUGCUUGAGAGAGAACCCCAUGACAACACUGCUCUUCACACUCCUCCUCACGCUAGUUUGCAGCCUAACAUUGCCGGUGCAGCUGAAGUAGCAGGUAAUAUAUUCAGCUCUCGAACACUAAUGUCUUUGGGGACAUGAUGAAAGCUUAUCUCACAAUUAGCUUUCUUAUGAGUAUUGCAAUCCACUACCGCACACACUUGUUCCAUGAUCGUCCUCUCUACUUCUCUGAGUCUGGCCUGCAGAACGGAGCUUUGGGGGUGGGGCUUGGAUUUGUGACAUAGGAAAUCCCACUGUGUCGGAACCUGCCAUUUGGGUCAGCCAGAGGUUCACAGCAAUUUGAAUGCAGAAAUUCUCAGAAAUGUAAUUGUGCACUUAGUUUUCUAAUGAUGUGUCCUCUAGCAUCAGAAAAAUACUAUAUGAACAUGUAGACAACUAGAAAAACAUGAUUUGCAUCAGAGUGGGCCUUUAACUUAUUAUGGUUGAGAGUUGUAGCUUCUACAAAUGAAAGAAGGUAAGAGAGUGAGCAGUGGUGGUUGAUGGACCGAUAAAGUGAGGAGAGAUUUCUUCUCAUUAGUCAGGUCCUACAGAACUUAUCUUGUCCACACCUCAGUGCAAACGUGCAGGAGCAUGCUAGAUUGGGAUUGUUUGCUGCUGAAGUUGUGACUAGUCCUGCCUGCUGCGUGUAUCUCUGCUGUGCCUAUACAUCUUCACAGCCAUGAACACUAAAUCUCCUCAUUCAGAGGUCGGAAAACACUGACAUUUUGUCAAGUUCUUUUGCAUUCAAUAAAGGCAGACAUUAUGUUUUAGUUUGUAGCUGACUGAGCAGAGAAGAGUAAAAAUACUUUAAAAUUAUGAAUACUUUGACGUUGUUAUUGGCACUGUAACCAAAAGCCAGUAAAAGCUGUUGUUUUUGUCUCUAUCCAUUUCUCUCUUUCUGCAUCUCCCUCUAUUCAAUCCUGGUCGAGAUGACUGUCUAACGUGAGUCUAGAUCUGCUCGAGGUAUCUGCCUCUCUGUGGGAAGUUUUGCCUUGCCACUGUAACUUUCCAGAUGCUGCUAAGUGCUCUGCUCAUGGUGGAUUAAGAUGGGAUAAGACUGGGCCUUGUCCUAUUAGGUGGGAUUGACUCUUAUCCUAUCAUGAUACUGGGUCUGUAAAUAAUAAGACCAGAGACAUCACUUCAAAAAUAAAUAAGGAUUGGUUGGUUGAGUGAUUGUAUUUCUGUUCUCGACAUAGCUGACAUCACAGUAUGGUCGAGCGAGGAAACAAAGAGUGAUGCAUGAUCAUCCUGCCAAGAUUACCUGUGAGGACAGCAGCUCGCUCUGCAGUCUGAUGUUUGCUGAAGUACAUGCACAGCAGUCAGUUCUCUGUGUGCGCUAAAGAGGCCCAGUAAUUCUAUUCAGACAGAUUUUCCUUGUACAAUUGUCAUCAAAUGCAAGACACUGGAGAAUUUCUGUUUGCAUUAGGCAUCAAAAAUGAAGCAGCACAACCGGUGUCAGAUCAUCUGCUUAAUAUUGCACACCCUGCAAUCUGACUAUCUGACAGCUGUAUAUGUGACGGUUAAAUGAUACUUUGCACAUCCCCAUUAGAAAGAGUAUAAUCUUCACUUAUAUUACAUAUUCAUCAAUUGCAUCACAGGAACUCUCACACACUGCGGCUGCAGAUCAGCCGCUGAUCAUGAAUUAACAUUAAUCUAAUCUACCCAUGAUUUCCUUUUACAAAUUUCUUGGGGACCAUGAAGCUGACGGUAAGGAAAUGUCUCGUCAGUAUAAAUUUCCCCACUAGAACAAUUACAUUGAUGGAUUUACAGUGUCUCUGACUGAUAAAACAUGAUUACUUUCAGAGAAGCUGCGACACCCUGAAUAGCUUGAUUUUUGUGUUCUAAUAAAUGAUUCAUUGGAGUUUAUUUAUCGCAUGGUGUCUUGUCAUAUGAAAAUGAUUAACCAGCUCUUUCUGACGUUUCCUUUCAACCAUAUCAGACAUCAUUUCAUUUCCUCGAGCUGCUUGAUAUAUUUCAUGCUCUAGCUAUGAAAUUUGUUUCAUCGUGGAUGAGACAGAAAUUGCAGUAUUUCUCAUUUCAUCUUAUGCACCCUAAUUUAAAACUCAGCAUUACGGCUGACUCCAAACAGGCAGCGCUUUGGCAUACUUUGAAAGUGAUUUUAACCUCCUUCGUGUGUUCAGAGCGGUUUGGGAUUUAUUACAUAAUCGAUCAAGCAAUGCAUGUUGAAAAUGUGUGUAUGAAAGAGCAAAUGAAGAAAGGAUUUUCAAAUAAUGACAUCAAUAAUGAUGGCGUUGAUUAUGAUGAAUGAACCAUAAAACUUACUAACUAGGAGACGAAUGUUUAUUGCUACAUCAUUAGUAUGAGAGAAGUCAACCAAGAUGGAUCAUUCGUCAAUUUAUGCUCAUCGUUGUGCGACAAUUAGAAACACAAAAAAAUUAAAUUUCAUUGAGGAUUAAUAAAUGAUCUGCUGAUUACUUUUCGCUCCCAAAUUCUCCAAGCAAUUCUUUCAAAUUAGGUUUCUACACUGUGACACAAACUCCUCUUUGUUAACAACAGGCUUGAGAGUUUUGACUAAAACACUUGGAACAAUGUAAGUUUCCAUUUCUAUUGUGCAAGAGCCAUUUGAGAAAUAUCCGCUGAUAUUUUUGUUGCUGUUUGUUUGUCUGGUAUGUUUCCCUGAGGAUGUCCCACGGAGAAAGAUUAGAGACUGAGCAGAGUCUGUUGAGCCUAGCUCCUGACUGUACUGUGUCACGAAGCUGGCUCUGUUUUUACUUGGCUAAAUCAAUACGGUGACUUACUCUGAGCUCACAGCCUGGUCAGGACCAGGUAAUAUUCAGAGUUUCAGCUUUAAAUCAACUGUAAGGGUGCCGUCAUUUCAGACAUCAUAGAUCAUCAACUGUUUUGAAGGAACAUGUUAUGAUGUGUUGAUAAAACCCUGAGUGACGCCCUACAGUCAGAGUAAAACAUAUGCAUAUGAACCUCCUACAGUCCCCUACUUCUCGGUUUGCCUCUAAAAGAGUUCACAUUUUGAAUUCAGCAGAUCAUUCAUACAGUAAAAAAGGAAAACAUCACAUGUAAGGACACUUCCUUACAUUUUUAUGUUUGAUGCUAUUCCCUUGCAAAGUCCAUUUUAAAAUCGUCUACUGGUUUUGAAGCAAAAACACAGAAUCAGUAAAUUGAUUCUACUUCUUUUUGGUCAAACACUCAAAGAUAUUUCUUUAAAGUCUCAUAAGGUGCAACUAUAUGACCCAGUUGCUGUUCCUAACUAUAGCCUACUGCUGAAAUUAUGUAAAUCUUUGUUUGAGUUUAAGUCUUCUACCGUGUGCAGCUGUCACAUUAAAAAUACACAAGGCAACAGGGGUGUGUCAUGUGGUUAAAAAUGAAUACAUUUAUUUACCAAUCAACAUAAUCAUUUCCUGAAGAAUCCCUCUUUAAUUUUCUGCAGCAGCAGUAUUGAUUUUUCUUGCAAUGAAUUUUAAAGAUUCAACAUCUUUUUUCUUAAUACAUCAGUCUGGCUAAAGCAGACUACCAGUGGUGGUGUCUUUUGGGAUGGAGAAGCAUCAAAUUACACACUUAUUGCCACCUUUCUUAUGAGCACACACAGAGUGUGAAGCAGAAAGCCCGGGUUAAUGGGAAAAGUUCGAGUUUUACCUACUGUCUCUACUGGAGCCGUAGACUUUGUUGAGCCAGCUUACUUUAAGCAAGACCAGGUAUGCUGGACUGGCUUCAUGCUGCACAUCUCCUGUCUCUAUUUGUCUUUCCCCCUUUGUCUCAUCUAUCCCACUUUCUCUGUCCGCUCAGAAGAAAUGGGCGGCUGUAUUACCAAAAAGUCUGGUUAUGUGUUUUAUUGUUCUUGUUGUCGUUGCUUCUUGUUCUUGAUGGAUUAAUAGUUAUAUAUCCCUGUAUCUAAUAUCCCUGGAAGUUCAUCUCUGUAUUUUUUGUGUUGUGUCUUGAGAAAACUCUUAUUAUGAUUUGGUGCUGAAUUAAAACUAUUGAUUGAUUGGGUUGAUAUUUUUAGAGUCAAAAGGUCAGCCAGCUAACAUAACAAAUUUACGACGUGGUCACAGAGUGUAUCAGCUGUUUGUCUCUGACCUCAUCAUUCAGCUCAGCAUGGAAAACAUUACGGUAUGAUGAUAAUCAAUUUUCUCUCCAGAGACUCUGAGCUUACAGGUGGAUAAAGGUAAAGAGGCCAAGUACGAGCUAUCAUGAAGAGUAUAGGAGUCGAGUAUGUGUGUGGGUCUUUCCUCUUUAAGGCCUCACAGACCAAGGGGAAUAUAUCUAACAGUUAACGCUUCCAACCUGAGGGCAAACCAUCAACCACGCCACUGCUGCAACGAAACACCUCAAACCGAUGUGGGUAAAAUAUUGUCAAGUGACCAAAGCGCAGAAUCUUACAAAAUAUAUCUCACAAAAUGUUGUGUGGUGCUGAUAAGGAGCAUAAGUGGGUGUUCAUACAGUGAGCUUAAGGUUGAUGACGAGUGUGACUGAGUCUAUCACAGCUGAGCAGAGAACAGGAGCACAGCAGUUCAGAUGUAAUUAUGAUAUGAAGAACAGUAAAGCGAGCUGUCGCAGCAACCCAUUUGUUGGAGCCGGAAUGUUUCCUUAAUGUACAGCUGGAUGUGAUCUGUGAGGACAAAAUGCAAAUGUAUGCAUAUAUGUGCGGCAAGGGACUUUCGGCUGACGCUUAAUUAAUGGGCUGUGGGAGAGGCAGCGGUAGAGUUUAAUUCACUUGAGCUAAUGUACAUGAAUGACCCUGAUUUUGCAGUUAUCUGGGGGGAAACCCAAAAAAUGACGCGAGUCAAAGGAAAGAAAAAAAAAACACCAAACUAGAUCAAACUAAAACACCUAGGACACUGUGGGACUGACUAUUUCAUAACUACAUAAAUCAAUAACAUGAAUGUGGCAUGAUCGAUUUGUAAAACAAAAGCCAUAAAAAAAGAGGCCAUCAAGCACUCAUGAGGACAUUCACUGGAAAGCAGCCAGCAGCCUUGGCAUUUACGCCAAAACAUCUCAGUAACAGUAUGUGACAUUAUAUACAUGAUACAAUAACUACUUGGUGUGGGAGGUGCUGAGUUUAACAAUUUGACACCAAGAUCUCAAAGUAAAAUGGUCGUCUCGCUUUAAGGUGUCUAUUUGAGGGUGACAGUUGUGAAAUUACACUGUUUCUGAAAGUAGCAAGCAAAGGGCUCAAUGCAAACACAAUAAUUAACCACACAAUACAGAGUGUUCAAAAGGAAGUGAUCAAACAGGAGGCUUUGCUGUGAGAAGAACUAUAGUAAAUAACUAAUGUUUGCAAACGCUGGCAGAGUAAGCAAUAAGCCGAGUAGUAGAGCUCUGAGCAGAACAGAAAAAGAAGGUGAGGUAUGGAGUUGUGACUAUAUGUGGGAGGAGUUAUUUCAGGCACAAAUGGUUCAGGAAGUAUGGAGACUUCUCAGGAGGAAGAAGUUGGAGUGAGUAGUUACAAAAAAUGAGUGAAAGUGAGAGUCUAAACCCUCUGAGCUGAAUCUGUAGGGAAAAUGAAUGACUGCUUUUCAGUUUUACUGGUAUUUGAUGAAAAGCCAAAGUUGAAAUUUCUGUGAAUGAACCUUUUGGUGAAAAGUAAUGCCGACUAGCUUCUUUUUUUUUCUUUUUUUUUCAAAAGAAACCUCCACAGCCAUGAAUGACAUAACAUGAAAUUGUUAAUGAAACUGUUAACUGUGUGUGAUCACGAAAGAACACUUUGCAGCAGAUUAGAGCCAAGAAUCUCCAAUGAUUCCCUGAACUGAUUUGAAUUCACGAGGUCCUGAUUUGAUUCAAUUUCUACACCUUUUAAAUUCAAUUAAUCAUUGGAAUAAAUGCUGUAAACACUUACUUGAUGUGGAUAUAGAUUGCACGCAAUGUCUUCUCUAAAACACAUAAUAUACACACUGUGCCAGGCUCUCGGUUGUGCAAAAGCGUUCUGAUCUUUACUAUGUUCUGCAAUGGCCCACUAGUGAUGGUGUUACACCCCAUAUAUUCACCUAAGUGGCUAUACUACAAAGUAUAAUAGUAAAACACAGACAUCCAGCGCAUCUGCAAUGUGAAUUUAAACUGUUACAGCCUUUCAUGUCAGUUGUGGUGCAAAAAAAGAUUAACUGAUCUUUUUACACUAAUGCACAAUGCACAGUCGAAACAAGCCCCUGGGCUCUGUCGCUGCGGUACUGCUUCCUUUUUUGCAUACAGUUUUUGAAAGACCACUUCAUUUAAAUGUUUGGGUGUUGCUCACAUGUUGCUUUAUUUGGGUCUAUUAAUAAGGAUUUAUCAAUAAUGCUGUACAGACAUCUAUCCUGACAUACAGUAUGAACGCUGCAACAGAGCCAGUAAUUUGUGGAGGCAAAAAGAGGAUGGUGUUGUAAAUCUGAAUGCGAUCUCAAGUGAGGUUUGUCUCAGUUCACAUAAUUUUGCAGAUUGUAUAUUUGCAUAUUUGAUAGAUGUUGAUAGAUUGUUAGAUGGUUUCAGGAAUUAAUAGUACUUCCACAAUAUCUGACCAUUUAAUUUCCUUUUAGCAUAUGGCCUUGCUCCUUUCCAGCUCUUAUCUUUCAUUGAGGAUAUGUGUUUUAAACUCAGUUGGUGUCUUCAUUGGAGCAGAUACAUAUCCCGUCAUGUUUAUUGUUUUGAAGUCUCCAGACCUUUGUGGAAAUGUUGGUGCCACAACAUGAGGGGCCACCCUAGCCCUAUAUUUGACAUUAAUUGAGUUUGGAUACAGUUUGGGUUGACUUAGGCAUUAUAGUGCUAUGUUUUGUUCAGAAAUGCAGGAGCAAAGCUUUUUAAACUUACUGAUACUAUUUGCUUUCAUGACUGGCUGUUUCUCUAUAAGUUGAUCAAGGGUUAUGGGCAUUGGUGCAUUCAGAGCUAUCUGUCCUAGCAAUCAAUGAUUCACAUGAGUAGAUAGCAGUGAUUAUACAGAUAUUAAUUUUUUCCUGAUGAGUCCUGGGUUCCUGGUCAAUAUCACACUUAGCUUUCCAAUAAAAUAGACUCCUGAAACUGGAAUACAAAAAGAGGAAACCCCACUGAGAGGCCUCAUUAAUGAUAUGUGUGAUGAGAUAAAAGUGAUAUCACAAACAGAAAUGGAGAGUUUGUUUUACAGAUAAAUGAUUAAAAGUUUCUGCAUUUUACUUUGAGCACAUUUCACUAUUUGUUUAGGUUUUUAUUCGACAGUAAAUUUUUGACAUGAGAUCGCAUAAUUUGACCUGAAUAGAGGCUCAAAGUGGGCGAACACAUCAUGAAAUCCCAGUCCCAGUCAUAAAAAGAAGCAAAUCCUCUUCUGCAGCACAUCUAUAAAGUGAUUAUUGAUCAUAUUCCUUCACUGAGUGAUACAAAAAACUGAUUUCUGUCUCUUCUAUCUUUUCAGAAAAUAUGGUGAGCAAAGAGGACACCAAAUGCGAAGUUCUCACAAAUUCCGAUGAUUCAGAUUCAGAUGCAGGCCUUCACACCCAGUCUGGACAAGAAUCAGGCAAGCAGCAGGUGAAAAAGAGAAACAAGGCCCUGCAAGUGCGUUUUAAGGAUAUCUGUGAAGCUCAGAAUGAGUUUCGAGGGAGGCAUGCCAGAUCCAUUUCCUGUAAAGUGACACACAGAAAAUAUAUGACCAUGCCUGCCAGACGCUCUAUUCCUAAUGUUACCAAGAGUACUGGUGUCCAGACAUCACCGGACCUCACUAAGAGAUACAAGACUUUUCCUUUCGAGAGAAAAAAGGGACAUACUUUCAAGCAUACUGCUUUGGUGGAAGAUUACAAAGGACAAAAUAAUGGUUUUCUGAGUGAUAUAAAGGCAGGGGGAGAGGACGGACAACCUGUUGGGGAGUCCUCCAAGUACAAGGGGAAGAUUGUGGGGCAGACAAAAGCACUGCUCCACCACACUGAUGACAGCAGUGAUACAGAGGAUUUGCUUUCCAGUGCCAACUGCGUGGACGGACCCUCUUGUCCAGACUCUUCGCAUUUCUCCGAGGAGUGCCAUCCCUGUAGCCCUCCAUCCAAAAGAGAACCGGAGUACCGAGUUUGUGGGACUCAGACCAAACACAAAGGAUUACCCAAAGAUGACAAGGACACCGGUACCUCCUCAAAGCGCCAGCUGGCGAACUCUGAGUUUUCACAGGACAAGUCAAAGGGAACGGGCCCCGUUGCGUGGAACUCUUUGACGCAGGUCGAUUCAUUAGGAAGCCCCUCUAUGAGCUGUAAACGAAAAAAAGGUACACUGCUUAAUGAACAGCAGUCACAGACACUCCCCCAUAGUGCCAAAUGUUCUGUACAGUCACAAGGGCAAUGUCGGACAAGGCAUGUGUCGGCUUCCUCUAAACUCCAGCAAACAGUUGGGGGUGACGAGGGCUUUCCUCCAAGAGACACGGUAGCCCCAGGCAUGGGGAGCAGCCAGCAGAUAAUGCCCUUAUCUGAAGACAAGGAUAUCAAAGCACAGCUGCAGGCCAUGGAGAGCCUCAUAAACUCAAGCCAGGAGACCAUCAAGGUCCUACUUGGAGUUAUUCAGGAGCUGGAGAAAGGUGAAGCACACAGAGAAGGGUGAGUACAAAGAGCCUUACGGUGCAGAUUUUAACACAAGCAACCAAGCAUAUAAAUACACACUGUAGCAUUACACAAUUACACAAUGUGCUGUGUGGAAAAAAGCUCAAGGGUAAUUCAAUGUCUUAGAGCCUGAGCCCUAUUUUUGUACCUUUGCCAUAUUUUCUAUUGGCUACGACAACACUGCAUCCUGUAAUGUAAUUACUAAGAUCUGGAAACAGCAGCAACAACAGAGCUGGAUACCAAGACGUACCAGCCACAUAUUUUUAACUUCUCUGUCAAAAUGAAAAAUAGAAAUAGAAAAUUCCUUCAUCUCAGAGAAAAACUGUGUGCACAAAAAUUUAACAGCCAUGAAAUGUCAAAUUCUGUCAAAGUUGGUCUUUUAAACUCUGCUGGGUAUUUUUAAGUGGUUUUUUGGUAAUUUACAGCUUGACUUUUAGCACGUCUUAAAGAUAAAUUUAGCUAUAAUAUGAUAUAAUAUUAUUUCAAACCUCAUCCAUUCUCUUUUCACUGUUUUCCCUUUUUUCAAUUUGGAUGCUAACUUCUUAGACACAGUGUUGCCAUGACAAUAACAUGAUAACAAAAUAUUUACUAAUCUUAAAAAGGUUAGGAAUUUCCUUUAUCAUCCCAAGAGAUCAUAACCAGGAGAACAACUCUUUCUCUGGCUAGACUAACUUGGAUAUGGGAUGUGUUGAACAUUUUCACUCUAAAAAUGCUCGCAUGUUACAGUUCAGUAGGUUAGAUGUCAACUUAGUCACUUUUACAUCUCAGCUUGCAUUCAUAUAGUGAAAAUCAGCAAAAACAAAGUAAGUCCCAGCUGGACAUAAAUGAAGGUAUCAGACUUACAUUAAUUUCCACACCAUGACAGAAAUAAAAGGUCCCCUGCUCUGAUAAAAGAAUCAAUUAUCAAGCGUGUUAAAAGUAGUUAAUUUGCCAUUAGCUGCUUUAGCUUUGCGUUGUCUCUGCUAAACUGUCUGUGGUUCACAUGUUGCUCAUUUGGUGCUACCACUGUUCGGUCUUUCAAACAUCCUCAUUUUAAAACUUGAGAGGUUUUUUCCUCCUCUUGGUGCUCACUCCAAAUUCUGAUCAUGUUAUUCUCUUCUGAAACUGUUAAGAGCACUAACACCAGUGCUGCCUUUUCUACAGUCUCCUUAGCUUGUUGCUGCUGCACUCAUCGCUCUACUUAUCUGUAUGCAAUGGCAGAUCAUGUACUACCUGAAAGCUUGUUAUAAUGGAAAUGAAGGCAACUUUUACUUGUUGUCUUUGACUGUUAAAAUGGCAUUAUUGAUGUAAAAAAGUUAUUGUAAAAUAUUCUGUUAAAUAUCAAGCAACUCCACAGAAAAUUAUCUUUAUGAAGCCAUGCUGCUAGCAUUGCUAUUGAUAAGCAUAGUGCUGUCCAAAGGUUUAUCUGAUUGAUGUCCAAAAAGUUUUUUUAUGUUUUUUUUUUUUUUUUUACCAACAGUGCAUGUUAAGUUUUUCCUCCAUGUGCAUUUAGAAUUCAAGAUUCAAUGUGAGAGCAAACCUCAGUCCAAUAACUCCUCAAAGGGUUUGGAUAUAUAUCUGCAAAGAAGGAAAUGCUUUUUUUUUUAAAGCCUCCAAGUCUCCAUAGUCAGCCUCUAACAAUUGUGCAAUUGUAAGACUCAAUGCGCCCCAUCUCUAAAACCCACUGCAACACAAAGCAAAUUGUGUUUAAGUCUUAUCCAUAUCCAGUGGAGAACAAGGCACCCUCGUGUGGCUCUGUGGAACUUUGUUUUAAAGGCCCAAUUAGUGCAGCCUCAUAACACUUUGCCUUUCAUCUGCACAAAGCUGUGUGCCUGCUAUAGUGCCUCCACUCUGUUGUGUUCCAUCUGCAUUAUUAGAGAGGUGCAGUUAAAGGAUGCAAAGCCUGCCUUCUGUGUCUGCUCUUCCCUGUAUUGUAUGGUUGGACUGUCAGAUGGCCUUCUAUGAACUGCACUUUAAAACAAACUAACAGCUUCCUGUUCCCAUCCAGAAUAUGUGUACAGUGUUCAGAGAUUUCUUAAGCGACUGAUAAUAGCAAGAAUAUUCUGACAAAAGACGAGGUAAGCUUUCGGGCCAUUAUGAUUUUUGAGCGGUAUUUAAGCGUAAGAGUUAUCUCCACUGGACUGUUUACAUUGAAAAAGAGCUGUAUAACAAAUGUACGCACUUGUGCAUAUUAUGGAGUAAGUCCAAUCCACUCAGAAGUCAGAAGACAUUUCAAGAAAAACGUGUUUUAGUUUGUGUAUAAAACCCAAAAGGUGGCUUAUGGAGACCUGCCAAAGUUUGAUGUCUCACCAUGUAACAGGAAGUUACCGUAACUAAAACAUACAGGGACCAAUCUGCAUCAAACCUUACAUGUACGUUUAUAAUCUCCUACUGAAUAUUCCCUCAUUUCUCUAUUGCUUUUUUAUAUAACCCCAACAUACUAGCAGGGGGAGAGGAGCUUGUGUUUUAUGACUAAAUAGGGUUAUGUAGAAUUCAAAGUAAAUGUCACUUAAUCAAGAUAAGUGCCAAAGAAAAAAAUCUGGGCCAUUACGACUUUUCUUUUAAACGAAAGUCAGUAAAGCUGCAACACACUGUUAUUACAGGUCGCUGUGACCUGCUCUGAACCCUCCAUACACCACAGCCUGAUGUUCAUGAAUGUGCAAGGGCCUGUUCAUUUCUGCUCGCCUCCCCUCUCAAGCCCUCUUGAACUGUUUCAAACGUGAUAAAAAUUGGUCCUGAAGAAGUCCUAAUCUUGUCUCUACAGUGCAGCAAAAAGGAACUACAAACAAAGCAGGAGUUCAUGAACUCUCUUUCGCAUCUCUAGAGGUUUUGAGUUCGCAAAACUGGGUUAGUGACACUUGACCAUGCUCAGUGUAAGCACUGAUGAAAUGCAUAUGGUCAUUAAUCAAAAAUAAAAGAGUUCUUUUUUAUGCACACAAAGCAUAACUUGAUAUCUAUGAUAAAAAUAUUACACACACUGCACCACAGAGUCAGUCAAAGUGAUAAACUGUCUGUAUACAUCUAGACUUCUGCUGUGUCUGUGCACUACAUACACAGAAUAUAUGUGUUACAUAGGAGGAUCUGACUAUAGCUGUUGUUCACAGGUCAUCAAUAAAUAAUACUCGGUAACAUCAGCGCUAAGGCAUGCAGAGAAAUGGUCACGUAGGCAGGAAGUAUGUGUGGAUGGUGAAGCAGGACUCACAGGGCAGGACAUAUCCCAGGACAGCUGACGUGGGCAAACAACACAACAGCACUGAAAUCUCUGCCAACAAACAUUUAGCCUGGAGAACGUCUUUCUGAGAUUUUAUAUCCCUAUGAGGAGUCUAGAAAUUACUCCUCUUUAAUGCAUGACUUCUACAGGACACCAGGUCACUAAUGUUAUACUCUGGAUGGGAAAAGAUGUGUUUUUUUGAGCUGCAUAUACGCAGUGAUUAUAAAUUUAGGUUAAUACCCUUUGAUUAUUAGAGCGAAGCUUUAUAAAGGUUGUACAUGAAAAGCCAGGCAGCAGCAGCAGCAGCAGCAGCACUAGCGUAGACCUUGUCUGUGUAGUGAGUUACUGUCCUUGCUCACAGCUGUUCAAAGAGACUUCAUUUGAGAACAGGGCAGGAUGGAUGAACUCCCUGACCUUGAGCUCCCAUCAGCAUUUUCGAUCCGCACUGAGGCUGUUCUGUUUCCCCCCCACCUCAAUGAGGUCACUUCUCAUGUCACAGGGAACAGUCGAGGUGCAACCCCUCCGCAUGUCAACUUACAGAGCAAGGGGCAACCAUGACAGCGAGCAAUUACAUGUGCAGGCGCUCACACGGCCCCUCCCAUCAUCCACAGAGUACUGCAGUCUGCCACUGCAUGCGGGGACGUAUAGCCUGAAUAACAAAACUCACACACCUGCAUGUUUAUGUAAGCUGAUGCAGGAAAUGUGCAGGAAAAAACUGCAAAAAGACAGACAAGGAGUGAAACAAAUAACAAAUACUGGAGUUUAAUUAAUGUGUCGUCUUUGACAUACACACAUAUAAGCCGCUGUUUGGUCCCAAGAGACAGCUUAAGUUGGUCCUUUGCUGAGGUCUUUUAACAAAACAAAUUACAACACCUUUAAAGACAGCAGACCCUCGGGGGCUGUGUUCCUCUGCUAUAAACAGAGCCGCUGCAAUUUGUCUUGUUGAUUCACUUAUUUGAAUGCUUGAUGCUCAUUGUGUCUGUAGCAAAUUGAGUUGGAUGAGAAAUAAAAGAAAGUACAGUACAGGACAGAAUGUAAAAGCAUCGAUUUUUCAUUAUACAUGACUCAUGCGGCAUUUAGCUGCUACUUAAUUCCUAUUUCCUAUAGAAUAGAGAGACAGAACAUAUUUUAAAACUAAGUCAUGGCAAAGGAAACUAAUCCCAUUAUGUGAAGUCAGCAAGUCUGCACACUUUAUUAACCAAAUCUGAGGGAGCUCGGAGAGAUCAGAGCUCCUGCUGCAUUCUUAACUGUGAGGAAUUAACAACACAGGGUGAAAAAAUGAGCUGAACAAAUCUGGCAGAUAGCUGAUGCCCACAGGUGUUGGAGUACGGAGCUGAAGCACGGCACCGGAGAUCACAUAUAUCUUUUCAUCUCUCUGUUCACAGGCUCUCCUACCGAACAGGGCAAGACACAGCAAAUUGUGACACUUGUCGAAACAGCGCAUGCAUCAUUUACAGGUGGGCCUCCUUUUCACUCACCAGAGUGUCAUUAAUGCUGCAUUUGAUGGUGUUUUUCUGUGUGAUUACUCACUUCUGCUUACAAGAGGUGCCGGCUGCAGUGAUAUACCUACAGGAAAAGUCGAAAGAAACAGUUUAAAAGCAUUUACUCUAAAGCGAGACAGCUUGUUUAAUAAGGAGAGAGAAUUUAAUAAAAUGAAGAUCAAAGCUUUGUGUGCCGCGGUGAAUGGAUUCUGAGGGAGCGAUAAUAAAGUCUGCACCACAAAUGCGGACUGAAUAUCUCAAAAAUGCAUAUGUGCUGUCUCUAACAGCACAGUAUGCAGUAUAUGGGAUCUUGCCCUAUAGCAUGUUUCUCUACAAUGGAUAAGAGAAUAAAUAAUACCUCCAGUUUCAUCUGUAAGGGUUUCUGGGGGGAUGAACGGCCUUCCACUCAUGAAUAAAUAAUCACACACAGCAGGGAGAGGUGAAUCAGGUAUGAUAGGAAACACAGCUGACCAAGUCACAGAGUAUAUGCUAGCCUUGUAUUUUAUCAAGUCUUACUGCAUGUGUUUAUUAUUUAUAAGGAUAACCAGCACUAAAUUUGGCUUUCAGUAAACGGGCUUGCAAAAGCUAGCUGGCUCAUUUUCAACAGCCUAGAGAUGUUUUAAAAACGAUUAAGCAUGUUGAGUACUUAAGAAAGAAAACGGGAUUAAUGCUACUCUUGAAAAACCUUUGAUUUACUUUCAGUGGAGAUAAAAUGAUUUUUUGUGUGUCUUUAUACGCCGUUCAGAAGCAGGUGGGAAAUCCACUAAAGCUCUAACCUUGUGUCAUCAGUCAGUGUGAAUCUGAGAUACUGAAGCUCAAUGUUAAGAAACAGGCAGCUGUUUGGAGAAAAACUUUAAAUGGAUGGUAUUUUACAGUCUUUACUAAUCUUUCCAAUCAGCUGCCUGUUUACCACACAGAUGUUACCUCUUGUAAAGGAGAAAUUGUUUUCACAGAGGCCACAUAUUCAAAAAUCUCAAUGCUUCGUAUCCUUUCUGAGAAUUUCUACUCUUUUUCUUAAGCAGACGGAUCUUCUUUAGAACUUUCUGCUUUGCUUGUUAUACAGCCUGCUGUUUUUUACAGAAAGAGAAUAAGAGCAGCCCAUUCCUCUCCAUGUCCUUUUUUUGAUUAUUCUAGUGAAUUCAAAUUGAUUAUUUCCAAUCCCUUUUGGCACAAACCUGGGCACAUCUAUAACUGCAAAGAGAAGGUAAAAAAAAAAAACCCUGAAAAGCAUGUCCAGGACAAGGACACAGUAUUUCAGGAUUUUUCCUUUAUAUAACGUUUAGGAGAGGCCUCUCCCUCUCCUCCGUUGACAAGUGCAUUGUGUCAAGCUGACCUAGAUUGUGGUGUAAGACCACUGUGGAAAAUGAAAAAGCAGGAUCUACAUGUCAUAUCAGAUACAGGGGGGAUGAGAAAUCACUGGCGUCUCACGCAAGAACCACUUACACAAACAGAUUUGUUCUUGAGUGGCAUGAAGAAGUGGCUUACUCAGCAAUUUUCUUUAUUUUCUCUUUCUAUUUCCUCAAACAAAUUCCUAAAAGCGCCAGGCCUCCCACACAAGUCAUGUAGAGAUUUUCUGCCUUUUUCCACAGGGGAAUGGAGCUGCUUUGGCUUGAAUAUGAUGCCUUAAUGUGAUACACAGUCUCCUUGACCACUUUAAGUCUUUCUAAUGGACUGCUUUACUGAAGAAAGACCUUUUUUGCAGCUACAUUCAUGUCAACCUGCUCAUUACUUCUGUCAGUGCUGUCUUGCUGAGAUGGCACUGAAAGCUGUAGUCAUAUUUCUAAUUAGUCAGGUCUCUUAACACCUUCAUUAACACUACUUAGAGAGUAAAAAGUCCUCUCUAAUCUGAUAAUGAUCUGAAGAUGAACAUACUCUCAUGUAAGGUGGUUUGCAUUACAUCUCAAUUUGGAAAACUGGUACAAGCAAGACAGUGUCAUCUGCUGUAAAAAAAAAUCACAGAGUACUUUUGAUGCCACGCUCACUGGUCCCAGCUAUUUACUGUUAAAAGAUUUUUAUUUACUGUUUAAAGCAGUAACCUUGGUCAACACUAUCGAUUUUCACAAAUAUGAAGUGCUGUCAAGGAACUCAUAGUUUGUCUCUGUGAAAUGCAUCAUCAUUGUGAUUACAUUAGGGCUGGGCGAUAUGGCCUCAAAUCAAUAUCAAGAUAUAUUGAGCGGUUCACCUCGAUAACGAUAAAUGGACGAUAACUACUCCACGAGCUGCUCACACCCUCCCACACCGCUCCAGCCACUACAACUUUUGAACCAUCCUCCAUCUCCUCACCUGUCUUUCCCUCUUUGUUAUGGACUGGAGUCAUGUCUCCGAUGUAGGACAUCGUCUUAAAGGGACAUGAGACCAUAGCCUACCUGCACACAUCCAAAAACAACUUUUAUUUAUUUAUUUGACACCGAAUAUAUUGACAUGGCCAAAAUGACAUAGGUUAUUUGCGUAAAUUUCGGUAUCAGUGAAUUUUCGGUUUAUCGCCCGGCCCUAGAUGACAUGUUAAAAAAUUAUUUAUUGUGUUAGUCUGACUGAAACUGGACUUCAAAAAAAAUUUGAAAUUUUUUAGUCCAACUAAAGUGGAAUUUCUUGAAGUCUGACCAGCAAACCAAGAUAAUGCAAUGGUGGGUUUUGUCUUGCAUGUAUACAACUCAAUCAGACACCAUUUGGCCAAGGCAUUCUGCACAUGCGCCACAGCUCAAAAAGCCCGGCUUCGACCCAAGAGUCAAAACAAUACUGAUGCAUUGAAGGAGGCUGGAGAGAAAAUAACACGUUGGCAGAAGAAGUAGGGGAGUAAUAGAGGAUGAAGUCGGUGUAUCAUAUGUACAAAAAGUAAACGGUUGUAAAGAUGUGUGAGUUUCCACUGUUUGGUUUACAACCAGCUGGCCCUCUGAUUGGCUGUUUACCAAUUAUUUUGGUAUGUGACAUGAUAGGUUAACCAAGAGAUGGCCCAAUUGUAAUGAUAUGAAAAGGGUCAUAUCGCCAACCACCAUGAGAGAGCUAACAUAAUUUUAAUAAACGGGCUUUCAACUGGUGCUUGUCUUCAGGGACAGAGACAGUUCAAUUACCUACUCAAGCUGCUCCAAGCUUGAUUUAUGUAAACAUGGUGACAGAGAUGUGUUUGGUGAAAAAUGGCUGUAUCAGCAGUGUGUUGUUGGACAGUAUUCAUAUAAAGUUGUCUUUGGUCCUCUGAUCACUCAAGUACAUGUUACAUUCACUCAUUUACACUGAUGGGCCAUGAGUAUUAACUAAUCCUAUUUACACACUUCUUGGUGCAGCUAUGGGGGCAGUUUGGAGUGAAGUGUCUUCUCAAGGACACGUUGGCGUAUGGACAGGGCUGUUCCUCGAGUUGCUUAGCUGACACCUACCCCCCUUGCAUCAGUUUCAAGCAUUAAAAGUGCUGAUAUACAAAUGGUUAAUCUUGUUCUUGAUGAUGGUCUUGUUUGCUUCUAUGUAGCAUGAAAAGGCAUCAAGAUAUUUUUCAGUCUUUUUCAUAAAUGUCAAAAUACUCCCCAUGGGAGCUUUAACUUGUGGUGAAAGUGGGGAGUGGUCCUGUUUUCUGUUUACGAGCAGGAGUUAGAAACAUUAUCCUUCCAUCCUGAACAUCUCUUGCUCUUCUCUUUUACAUGGUUGAUAACGAUAAGGUUUGUUUAUACGGUGUAACAGAAAGGUGCAUUUGACAGAGGCAGUGUGGACAGUAAGUGCCCAUUGCUUAGCUACUCAAUGGGAGGCAAUAUGUGGUGCUCAUGCUGUUAGGACAAUUGGUGAUGUAUGAAAUGUCACUAUGAAUAUCUGCAAUGUUCGUUUAGACCAGGGGGAAUUGAAUUACAGAUAUCAGUAAUGUAAAUGCAGUCUGCCAGUUUAUGCUAAAAAGGCUGUGCCUACUGGGGAUCAGGACCAAAGACUUAAACCGUGUUACACUCCGUAUCCAAACAAGGCCUCUGGUCUUUCUCAAGUGGAGAAAGAAACAAAAACAGCAACCAAAAUUUUUCCUGCUGAUAUCUCUCCUUAAGUGCAACGGUAUAACUGAGACACAAUGCUAUAGACAACAGCUAGUCUCACUCCCCCUCACCAUUUCAAAACAGAGAGCAGCUGUGAACUGCAGUCAGUUCAACUGGAGAAUAGUUUUUCGCCUCUACAGAAUGAGGCUGAGUUGCCAUCAGAGAAUAAGAUUCUGCAACCGAGGACUUUAAGGCAAAUGGCAGAUCACCACUCAUUAGCAAAAACGUAGCAGAAGAAGACUUGAUACUCUUUAAGUAAGGGUAGUCAAACAGAUUCUCGGGCCUGAGUCUGACUCUGCAGUCAGAAACAGUGGCAGAUGUGAGGCGAUUGCUUUCCGGAUGACCUGAUGUCUCACCUAACCUAAAAAGAUCCUCUAAAUCUGAUCUGCCAACCACUACCUCUCCAAACUAAUGUUAUUACAACAGAUGGACUCUAACCUACAGUAAUCCUUCACCCAGCUGUUCUCAUCACUCCUACAGAUGUGAAGUAAACAAGGAUAAGGUUCGUAAUUAAUGAAGAAAAGCCCUGGUCUCCGGAUGAAUUGACACCCCUUUUCCUCCUUCUCUGCCCUAGUUUAACCAAAUCUUGUCAAGAUGUCCAGAUAAAAACUAUUAUUAUCUCCACGGUAAUGUUCUUCCCAGCGUCACUUUUCCAAAUGCUUUAUUUUCUAUCUUAUUCCCAAGGACUUCACUGAGCCAGAAAAUCAGGAGGGAGGAAGAGUUGAGGCAAACCCCUUUAAAGACAGCUCUCCUCAAACCAGUAAACAACUUCAGAAUAAAUCUGAAUACCUUAAAAAGAAAUCUAUUUUAGUGCUUCCUGCUCUCAUUGCCGCAUUCAGAGCACUUUAGCCCGAUCUCCACGGAAUUGUCCUUUACACAACAGAUCUACAGAACAAUACUUUGUUUCUCCUUUUCUUCUGGUGUACCUCAGGGUGCAGUCCUGGGCCCCCUGAUCUUUGUACGAUACAGUUUGAGCUGCAUAAACAUGGUCCGAUAUGAUGCUGCAAUUGACUCUUGUUUAUAUUUGUCCAGAUUACAUGGUUAAAAAAUCGUGUAAAUCAUAAUUACUCUUAACUUCGACUCAUUAUUGGCAUCCAAAGUACUUAGACAAGAAGAAACUGUGAAGAUUAGGUUUCACUUUAGCAAAAUAUUAUAACCCAAGCCACCUGCAGGUUAAUAAACUGAAAUAACCUUACCCUGAAAGUGGUACAACACUGAAUUUUUAAUACCUUUAUGGAGAAUAAUAUUAGAAAACCUUUAGCCCACAAUACACCUACAGAUUCAACUCUCCCUGUUUAGCAUGGUUCAGGUUAAGGAGUUUUCACUGCCAGAAACAACAUAAUGGUUCUAAAGGAUGAAAUAAUGACCUCUGCAUGAUAGUAAUUUCCAUGAAUCAUGCAACAAUCACAAAGUAGCUCACCAAACAUGAAAAAUGACUGGAUAAAAGGAGUGAUCUGCAGGACAGGUGUAUUUAUGUCAAUUUUCCAACAUAAUUUGUCGUAUUUUUGCUGUUCUUUGUGUACAGAGACCUGCUCUCGGCAGAGUGCUAUCUUUGUGUUCAUUUUCUGUGUCCACCUUAAUCAGAAAUGGUUUAUUCUAAUGGGUUUGGCCUUUGUAAAGACCUAGGGUGGCUGAGCAGUGUGGUUAAAAAUAUAUAUAAUCACCUAAAUGAGCGGUGAAUGUGUCUCUUUGAUUUUUGUGUGAUUUUGGCUGAACCUAUUGUUUAUUCAUGUCUUGCUGCAGUUAAAUGGGGCAACGUGGUGUAUUUUUGUUUCAUCUAACAUCAUCAAUGUAACAGCUACAUAAUUUGUAUGACAGAAGCAAGAAGUCGACUGUCUUGAUAAGACAAAAUCUGCCGACUUCGUAUAUCAGCGAAGCAGCUUGUCUUAAUUAGCAAACUCUAAGGAAUUUCUGAUGGCAGAAGAAGCGCUAUCAGCCUAUUGUAACUAAACCAGAGCAUGCGGUAUGCUAAUAAAAAGAUGCACUCUGCAGAGGGCUAAUAAUGUGGAAGAUUAUCAUUUCAUCUGUGCUCUGUAUCAUUCAAUAGCCUUUUUAUUUCAGUCCAUCCAACUGCUUCUUUACAGUGGCUGAAUAGAGCAGAACUGUAGUUGGCAAGCAUGGUUGUGUAAUCCAUUCCAGUCCUAUCUAACUAUGCCAAAGCAAUUGUAAUAAAUAUCUGAAAUUCAGCAAAUGGUGUGCAGUAUUUUCCAGGAAAAUCCAGCUGCAAAAGCUAAAAAAAAAAGGGGGAGAAAAGUUUGAUUAAUGUUUCAGUCUGCUGAUAACUGCAGCUGUACUUUUUCUUGUCAUGUAAAACACAGCGCUGCACAGACUGCUGUAUGAACCCACCAACAACACCCCUGUUUUUAUAAUAGUUGUUUUUUUUUUUAAUCCAGGGAGCUAAACUGUUGACAGGGCAGCAGUAAUCACCUUGCCAGACAAACUAUUCGGUGUGACACCUUGAUGAGAGGGCCAGGAGUACAGUGAAGCAAAUUAAAACGAGCAAAUAAAAGUGGGAUGGGACCAAAAGACCAAUUACCCUUUAGAGAUAGACAACAACUGCACGAUGCAGCUGUAACCAAGAUUAGCAGCCCCAGAGAUGUAGCCCUUAAUUUCAGAGCAGUCCUGCCUCUCCAGUGUGUCCGAUAAAUCCAGGACUGUAGCAGCUGCUGAGCUAAGGUAGUCAAUCUAUUGGUCUUAUCCAGACUUGGGCUCUCCCCUGACAGUCUCCACCCACCCCUUGUACACUGCAGCAUCUAAUACAUCACUGUAACAAAUAGGGCAUGCAUAUGGCAAGUGAAAGAGAGGGAUAGGAGGGCUGGAUGUUUGGACAAUAAAUUAGAGGAAUAACUAUAUUAAUUUUGUCCAUCACACACAGGGAGGGAGGGGAUCUGUUCCAGGGUCACUUCACCCUAAUAAGAAAACGACAUGAUUUCUUACAUAACUUUAUGACACAAAGUAUUCAGAAAGUUUUGAGUUUAAUAUUAUAAAUAGGUAGAGGUGUGUCCAGACUUUUUCAACUGGGGUGGCUAACAAGGACAUUGACUUAAGCAGGGGUGGCAUUAAGAUUUAUUUACUCUGUCUUUCUCUGCUUCAUAGGGCCCCAGCAGGCUUUGGUCCUCAGACAGGCAGCCCAGGUUUGAUUUCAGCCCUCUGCUGCAUGCCAUUCCCCCUCUGUUCCCAAGUCCUUCAGUUUAUCUACUGUCCUCUUUUCUGAACACAGACGUAAAAGUCAAAAAGAAAACUUCAAAAAAAGAGGGAAAAAAAGUGGCAUCAUAUAAAUUUUAGUUUUAACCUAAGUGCUGCCUCUGACGACUCAAAACGCUCAGAAAUAGUUAAGAAAUUUAGGCUGAACCAGGGGUGGACUGUCAGGUCUCAGUGGGGGGCUCAUACCACCCCUGACCACCCCUCUGCCUGGACAUGCUCUCUUUUUCUUCCUAUUUGAAAUGCGGGUUUUUUUGUAUGUUUGUUUUGUUAUUUAUAGGGAUGCAAUAUUUGAUACCGGUAUCAGUCCCGAUACUGAAGAAAAUUCUAGAUCGGAUAUCGUGACAAUGGGCCCGAUGCAUAGGGGCAGUUUAACUCUAUGCUAUUUGCCGUGAGUGGCAUCCACAAGUAAACACGCUGAGCGGAUCCCCUCAUUGUUUUCAAUAUGGAGCGAGCAAAGGGGUCGGCUAUCUUGAACUUUAUCACAGUACCUUAAUCUACAAGUUCGACGGCCACUUGGAGUACCUGUGCAGUAAAUAUUCCGAGGGGCAGAGGUAAAACUUCAGGUUACAACAAAAGGUAAUUCAGCGUGGAUUUUCUGUAUUGGAAUUGGAUCGUAUCUGCUGAUAUUAGACUGUAUCGGUACUGGAGGUGAAAAAAGCGGAUCAGUGCAUCCCUCGUUAUUUAAAAAAACAGUACUUUGACAUGGAAACACUGCACUCUCAAAGAGGAUAUAACAACAAUUCAUGAUUAUAUUGAAGCCACUAGCAGUUAGUUUCAGAGGAAUAAUGUUUAGUCUGAAGUUUGGCAUGGCUGACCACUCAGUGCAUUUUACCCUUGGCUGUCAUUUAAAUGUCAAAGAGGUCCUUCAGAGUGGUUUAAAAUUCACAACACUAAGUUGUUACUGCUGAGGUGGAAAAAACCCCAAAACAUGCCAACAUCAUUGCUUGAGUCCCUGCCUAGAGACCAAAAAUGACAAUCAGCUCAGCAAACUACAGCAGAUGUACACUGAUGUGUAAACUCAAAUGUUGAUUCUUGCUUAUUAUCCGAUAAAUACAGUUGAAGACACAACUGACCCAGAACUAAUGCACAAUUAGUCCAAGCUGCAGACUUUUUUUAAUUUUGUCGAUACAAUAAAAGCUUCGACUGAACUGAACUAACAGAACAGGUUCCUACUGUUGUAGUUAAUGUCUGAUUCAUAGUCUUAUGUCCACCUGCUCUUAACAUCAACCUUUUAACAGGAAACCAGGUGUUUCUGGGGUAUUAAUCUUUCAUUUGCAGAAUGUCUCAUGGACAAUAAAGGCCUAGUCAAGCAGCAGCAAUGCACUAUGUCAUUUAAUACUCUCUACAGAAAAAAAAAACUCAGUAAGACUUGUACUUCUGCUAAAAAAAAAAGGAGUCUAAUAUCACUCCUUUGCAGCAGUAUCAAAAAUGGCUCCACUAGUGGCCAUUAGAGAAUUAUAUCAUAGUAAAAAAGCACCAUGGCUACAUAAAAAAGUCCUAAAAGAAGGUAGCUAUUUUGUUAGGGCUCAUGUUGAUAAGAGCAUCAUUUGCAAAUUACUGUAUAUUUGGCUUACCACUGAGUCCACCUAGAGUGCAGCAGGGAGUCCAGUUUAACAACAUGCUCCGCUCAAAACAUUAGAGGGUUUUUAUUCCAAUCAUGCUGAGUUGAAUAAGAGCCAGCAUUUGAAUCAAAGUGUACAACAUAGUGUUUCCAAUUUGUAGCUAACAAUGACUUUGAAGAACAGCUAAAGCUCAGGGAAAGACAACUGUAAAGCAAUAUGAUGAGACGCUAGCAGCUAAUUAGCGCUCGUGUCCCACGCUCGAAUGGCGAAGCCGCGGUUGGCGAAGACUGCCUUUUUAUUCUGUUAUCAUUAAGAAGAUUGUUUUUUUUUCUGUGUUUGUGGAGCAGAAAGCCAUGUGAUAGACAAUCGCGAUGGCUUUCAAAUCUGAUAUACAUGACAGGGGGAGAAUUUCUGCAUCACAUUUACAUAACCUGUGGGGAGUAUCUGCUUCGAGUGUUGCCUGUCAGUAGAGGAAAUAAGUGUCACUCUCUGGUGAUUUCAUCUACUGUGCCCCCUCAUGUAGUCCUGAAGAUGUUACACUGUUCUAGGGGACCUGAAACGCUCCUCUUGUCAAGUGGAGAUUUCAAAAUCGUGAAUAGCCCAGAGGAAAUUCACUGCAGAGAGAACAGAGAGCAGUCGCGAGCAGGUAUGAGUAUGAAUUGAGUAUGCGGUGCUAAAAAGACAUCUCACAGCAGCAGAAUCUCUCCCAGGAGCAACAAUCAUUGAAUGGUGCUCAGCACACCACAACCGCAGACAAACAAACGGCUCGCCACUGAUCACAGCAUCCAGCUACUCACACUGCAUAGCUAAAGAGGUGAUUAAUCUGCUUUGCUGAAUGCCCUAGAAAAGCCUCCCUGUCUCCAGCCGCUUCAAUCUGUUUGUGUGAUGAGAUGAUCUUAGAUAUAGGGCUUUUGUUUGCUGAAGCACCUGGCGCCCGGUUGCCACCUGCAUCAUGCAUCGCCGGCUCCCCGCUGAGGCGUUUGUCCGUGGCGUACAGUAAUUGAAGUGAUCUGCCGAGUGAUUAAUUGCUUAAUAAUUGCCGAGGCUAUUCUGCUAAGCACCGAGAUUCUGCUCUAUGCUUUCUGUCAACUCAACGUUCUUUAGAAAGGCGCUGUUCAACAUGAAAGAUACAGGGUGAGAUAAAAGCAGGAGGAAAUGUAACAAUGGCUGAUAUGACUAAGGGAUGUAGUAAAACAAGUGCAUCAAAUACUGCAAAAACAGCAGUUUUUUUUUCAAGAUAAAGCCCUCUGUCUAAUCUGAGUUCCUUAUUUUCAGGCAUCAUGAAUACUAAAGCUGCAAGUACAACAAGGGAAAAAUGCCCAGUAAGACGGGAAGGAUGUGCCAAGCAGUGUUCAAAAAAGCUCUCCCUUUGAUACAAUAAAACAUGCUUAAAAUCGUAUUUCACAUAAGAAAUUAUGCUGAGUUUCAAGCACCCACAAAACCAUAUUCCUGUUUCCUUUUUAACCAUUUAAUCUCAACAUUGAUUCAUUCAAAGGCUCGUCCUGCCAAACUCCUAUCCAGCCCUCCAUCCUGCGGGCUUUAAUAGAGCUCUGUUCUUAACUGACACUUAUCUUGAGGGUGAGGACAGUUCGCAGGAUUCAUUAUGUCACUUUGAGUAUAGCAUAUCCUUCAGCGAACUAAUUACGCUGCCCAUCAAAGCGGCUUCCCUCCUAUCAGGCCGAGCUUUUGUGUCUUAACGUCUGUUUGUGCGUUGGCAGACAAGGACAGGACAGGCGUGUUUGACCUUGGCGUGUCAGAUGUCGACUCUUUUGUCAGCACUUGUACCGUUAAUCCUCUCGACUGUGAAUGGCAGGGCUGGGGUUGGUAGAAUGCGGUAUUCUCUGUGCUUGUUUUAAAUAUGUUAAGUAACGAUGAUGAAUCAGAAAUGUCCAAAACCAAACUACAGGCAGUGUCACUUCGGCACUCUCCAUUAUUUCCGCCAUGAUACUCUCAAAAUUUAUUGAACACUCAGGGAAUAAAUACAUUAACGGCGCACUACAAAUCAAUAGUAAUAAAGUGAAGGGAGAUGGUGUAUAAUAACGCAUUUAUCCUUUGCUUGAACACAGGCAGUUAAUCAGAGUCUGUUUGGCCUCUAGAUGGUUUCAUUUGGAUGGGAUUAAGCCCCACAUCUCUCCCAGACCUGCGAGAUUUAAUCGGAAACAGAGUUCAACGACGGUGCUGGGACGAAUCAGAUGAUGACCAGGCCCUGGAUUAUACUGGCACAUGUGGUAGUCUGAUGUCAGGAGCAACCCACAUUCUCUCUCUUUUUUGGAUAGGAAUUUAAUCUAUGCAGGAAAAGCCCUUUGACUGCAUGGGAGGAGGAGGAGAAAAAAAAUAUAAGAGAUGAUGCAAAGGAGCUCUAUUACUUGGAGGAGUCUCUGAAAUAUGGAUAUGUGCUGCAAGAGAUAUGUGCUGCCAGGGUGUCUGCCAGUGCAUUUGAAUCGUGUGCCUUCCUCCCAGCCUCCAUCUGGACAUCAGUCGUCUGCUAACAGAAAAAUAAGGCAAAAACUAAGUCAUUAAUGUAAGAACUAUGAAGAAAAACAGCACAAACUUCAGAUGAAUAAACCUGAUUUUAAAAGUGAGAAAUCUGUGCAUUACAAAGACGUACAUUUUAGAGCUGCUGUGAGGAGUUUUUCAUACUGACACCUCUCUAUGGCCUUGCUCGUGUGAGACCUUCAGCGGGGUGAUUGGCUAUUUCUGUGGUGGUAUUUUUAAUGCAUGUCACAACCGCCUCUGGGUUGGUGUCAAAAACAUUUCAGUAAGUGAUACGUUUGACAGGAGGAUUUUCUUUUUUAAACACACUCCUUAUGUUUGUACAUAACAUUCAAAAAGAGAUGGGGUGUGCAGUUUUGUUCUCAAAUCUUUUAUGGGUGUCUGCAAAGCCGGCCCAAGGCAUAAGCGAAUUAGGCGCCUGCUUAGGGCCCCACGGCCAGUAGGGGUCCCCCAAGAGCAAAAAUUUUUUUUUGUAUGAGCAAAUAUAUAUUAUCGUAAAAUAAAGUAAAAACAUUUGCUGCUGCUGAUGUAGGCCUAUGAUUCUUACUGCCGAUAUGUCAAAGCUCCACUACCAUUAUGUGCCCUCUGCUGUGCAAUGUACACUGAGCAUCCUGAAUGUGUUACAUUUUGAGAUUAAAAACCAUAUGUGGCACCCUGAUCAUCAUUUAUCAGUCAUUCAUUGGUAUUAUUUGUAUGGUUGCAUUGGUAUUAUUUAUGUCAUUACCUAGGCCACCCCUUAAAUGUGUUAAGACAUGUCAGGCGCAUUAAAUUUAUACUGUAGUAGGUGUGUGAAUGAUCAACAAUCAAUAUUAUUGACAGAAAUAGAGGGCCCCAAAAUCAAAUUUUGCUUAGGGCCCCAUUGAGGCUUGGGCCGGCUCUGUGUGUCUGCUUUUCUCAAGUGUGUAGUGACCGCUGUCCUUCAACAAAAAAGGCCGCUGGGGUUUAGGUUCGCUUGCAUCUGUGACGCCAUCAAUUAUCAGUCCUGUUUGAGUGUUAAAAGGGUAAUAUAUAUUGUUCAAAAAAGAAAAGAAAACACGCUGAUCCAGCUCCAAAACUUCUGCCUUCGAAUGAAAAGAGUGAUAUGCUGAAAUGAGGUUAAAACAGGAUGAGUGAAAUGGGGAAAAAUGAUGAAAAACGGUCAACAGAAUAUUUUCAGAACUUGCCACGACCCCUUGUCUGACUACACCGGUGAGAUUUUAAUAACUCGCCAAACAUCCCAAAACCACACCCCAGAGGUGACACACCUAUAGAUCAUAUCCUAAACAAAUAUAUUUUGGCUCCUACAAAUUGGAUUUGAGCUCAUAGCCAUCGGCCCACAGGUCAGGACUGAUGAACAUUUAGGGACCAGGUGACAUCGCCAUCUCUCCCCUGCUCUCAGUCUGUCUGGAACGGGCAUACAAUAUAACAUGAACAUCUUUACGAGAUGCCAAAGGGACUUAACAAAACAACAAAAUUGCCAACCUGUGAACAAGAAAAGUUGACGUUAGAGACCGUUAAGGAGCAGAGCAGAGAAACGCUCAGCAGGAAGGAAGAAGCACAACUACUGUGUAAAAACAACCAAAGUCUGGCUUCUUCCUGUGCGUUUGUAGAUGCAAGCGUUCAUAAGUUUCAAAGCAUAACCACAGUGAAACAGUCAGACAAUAACAUUGCGUUAAAUCACUUUCUCUCCUUUAUCAUCUCUCUUUAUCUUUUUACUUAUCCUUGCCAUCGCUGUCUCUCCUGCUCGCAGCAGCUUUGGGUUAAAAAUUUGACUCGAAAUCCGAUUUUCAUAAGCUUUAGUGCUUUUUGAUGCUAUCAAACUUAAAAAUAAAAGAGACGAUCAUUAAAAGCAUGUGGUUUUGAAAGGUAUCGAAGUAUUAAAAAGUUAUGAAAAGCUUCUGUCUUGUGUUUGUUUUGCAGUGUUGAGUUGGACUUUAAGCUGCAAGAGGACAAACUUCAGCCCCUAAUGAAGAGACUUUGCCCACUGGACAGCCGACAAUGCCCUGCUCUGCCUUACUCCAAUGAAGUGUUCACAUCCACCCCCAAACGCAAGUCCAAGACUGAGUCCAAAAAGCAUGCUCGCUGGAAACUCUGGUUUCUUUGAAUUUAAGAUGAGGGCUUUGGAAAGAGUCUUUUUCUUGGGCGCAUUAACACCCUGUUAUGCCAAAAAGAUGGAUGAAGGAGUAUUCAGAUGGAAUAAUCAACAAAAGAGGAUGGAUGAGGAUAGAAAUCUGUUCAUAUGGGGCGCUGAGUUGAGACUGCAAAAAGGGGAAGCAGAGACAAAAAAACAUUUUAAAUUCAGCCACACCUUUUUCUGGCAUAUUCGCUGAAGAGGACUGACACACACGCAGAAACUAGGUGAGCCUUGGGAUCUAUUUCUGUGUUUUUUUAGGAAGGAUGUGAUGAUUUUUAUGCUAGAUAAAAACGCACCUUUCACUUUAUAUUUAUGUGUUCUUAUCGUAUCCAACAAUGCAAUGCACUUUUUGGUCUUUUUUCUCCCCCUCAGAGCAUAUUGCUUGGCAACAAGAGGAGGCGCCAUGUGGAGGGCCUUUUAUGACCGAAGCGAUAAUCUUUGAAUGGACAUCAGCCCCACCUGCGGCAAAGCACAAACAUUUGACUUUGGAGAGGAACACACGUAAAAAAGACUGAACUACAGUACAGUACAUGGCAGUGUGUCAGCGCUGUUCUUAUAACCUCGUCUAUUCUCUUCUCUUCCUCCUUAUCUGUUAACAUCCUGCUCAGUUUGUCUGUGUGACUGAACGUCUGCUGCCUGCCUUUGUUAAUAACCCUUUCCCCCUCUCUCUUUGUAACUCCGUCCCUUUAUCUCUCUCUCUUCUCUCUCUCUCUCUUUGCUAUCUUUCUCCAUUUAGCUCACUGUGCAAGCAGGUAACUAGCCAGCCAACUUUGCCUCAGCCGCCCUGUCCUCCUCCUACGUUGGCUACACUGACACAAAAAUGUUCAGAAAAUAUAUUUUAAAAAACCUGCAUCUUUUUAAACAAAGUACUGUGAAAAACCAACAUUCAAAACAAGCGUGUUAGGGUCCCUCCUCUUGAAGCAGGUACAACUGUUGAAAACCGAGUUCAGAUUUUUUAACAACAUAUAUAAUGUUUUGACUACUUCUAAAGGCAGAAUAUUUUCUAUGAAAAAUUAUACAAUGUUUGUUCUUUGUUUUGGUUUUGGUUUUGAAUUUCCAAAAAGUAAAUGCUAUUUUGACAUUUCUCGUGGAGUCCAUAAAGAGUCUGCCUUGCUUCUCGGUCGCUCAUUGUGUCACAGUAGAUCUCUUAAAUCUAUUCAUAAGAUACAGUAUUUGUUAAAUGUUCUGUUGACUAACACUUGAAACGUUGCCCUGUAUCAGUAGUUGUCAUUUUACCUAAAGUUCCAUCUUGUAAAAUGAAGCUUCUUUUUCCCACAGUAGACAGUUACAGAACUCCUAACAUCUGUCUAAUAAGACAAAUGACUGUGCACUGAACUUGCAAGAGUAGAAGGGCUAUGUACAGUGCUUAAAGAGUGUGGUAGCAGUCUUACAGUAGAGGUGACUCGUAGCCACCAGCUUUGAACAGGUGCAGAAAAAGAUGAAGAAGACAAAUAUGAUAAUGUAGCAAUGAUACUGAACUUGCACGCUGUUACAAAGCAGGUAUUUGAUGAAUACUUGAAGUUCUUUUACUGCAGCGGCUAUUAUGUAGGUUAUUAUACUGUUAAAUGCUCAAGAAAUGUCAGGAAGACUCAUACUAGCCUCCAAUCAUUAAACAAUAGAUCCCAUUUAUCAGGUCACCAACGUCCAUGCAAAGAUCUGUACCCUGAGAAAGUGCAAUUCAAUGAAUAUGUGCAAUAUUAUGCAUUUUUCUACUGUUUCUACAUCACUAUUAAAUCAUUUUCAACUGAAGGUGAUUUGGUGUGCUGCUAUGUAUACUGAAUGUAGAGGCAAAAUGGGUGGGGCUUGUCAUGUUUGAUUUACCACAAGAGUGAGGGCGUAUGAAAAGUUAAAAAAGGUAAGAAAGAAGAAAAGUUUACUACAACUAAAAAGUGUUUAUUUCUAAGAAAGAGGAUUAGGGCCACAUGAAGAGAAAAAAUAAUCAUUACAGAAAGGAGAUUAAAGCAGAAAUUUAGAGAUUAAAAAAUUCUAAAUUAUGCCAAUAAAGUUGAAACUGAGAGAUGAGAUUUAAAAUUUAAAUUUCAACAUUAAAAUCGAAAUUUAGACAUGAAAUGUUGUAAAUGUUGAAAUUUCAAAGUUUAAAAUCUCGUAAUUUCGAUUUUUUUUAUGUUGAAAUUUUUCAAAUUUUCAUUUAGACUUUUUUUAAGUUUAGACUUUAAUCUCGAAAUUUCGAGUUUUUCUCGAAAUGGGAAUUAAAAAAAUAUCCCUCCUGUAAUAACUUUUUCUCUCCUUGUGGCCCUAAUCCUCUUUCAUACAUUUCAGCCUUUACAAUUACCUAACCCUAAUUAAUAAAAUUAAUUAAGACUGUAAGAAGCACUGCAUUACUGGUAGACUUAAUGCACCACUCUAUUUCUAUAUUUAUUUGUAACAUCCAAAUUUUGACUUUAUUCUACCCUAAAUAAAAGGUAUGAUGUAUACUAAAUGGGUGCUUAUGCGAAUUAGAAUCCAACAAGGUCAGCACAACCCUGGCACAAAGUACUGUACGUAAAAUACAAGCUUGUUUCCUCCUCAUUUUUAAGUUCAAAGUUUUAACAAGCACAAAAAUGCAGAAAUUGAGGGGGUUCAAGGUGUGCUUGUCUUGAGAUAAUAUACAGCCAGGUGAAGAGGUGUUGUCUUGCGGAUGCUGAAACUGACAGAGAAAUGAAUCAUAACUAAAACCUAUGCUUCUCUGUUAUUUAGAGGGUGCAUUGGCUGUUGCACAAGUUUGUGCAGCAGCGUUCUUAAUCAUAAGUAUAAAUAUAAUUACUUGACAGAACAGAAAGCUUUGAGAUUUGUGUUUACCUUGUCUUCUUAUAUUAUGAUACUGCUUGUAGUAUGAGGCCCAAAAGGAACACUCACACCUCAGUCCCAUAUGGGCCAGAAACUCCAGCCCUUGACAUUCCUGUGACUAACACCAAGCUGUUUAUUGCAUGCUCAUUCCAAUGCACACUCGCCCCCUCACACAGAAAAAAAACAGACAGGCGUGUCUGACACUGAUGCCACAUACAUAAAUAUGCCUAGGGUCUUUCUUAGUUUAACAAAGAGGUCAGUCCCUGAUCAUUCCUGAUGCACAUAGGGAUUGUUUCAGGGGUUAAAACAAGCCAUGCACUGAUAUUACUCAUACAAUGAUCUGUGUUUAAAAGGGGCAUGAUGGCACAACCUCUUUGCACCCUGCACUUUUACCGUGUGCUUGAGAUCAUUUAGAAAUAGCCUUAUGUGUUUUGGCGUGCUUAAGUUCAGCGAUGCUGUGAGUGGGUUUGUAAAUAAGCCCCUAAGGCACAUCUCUGCAGAAAUGCUAAAAGCUGAUGAUCUGUAUCUGCUUUAUUACUGGAUUUGAUUUUGAUUUUGUUUGUUUGGACGUAUAAUCCCUGCAAAACUACAUCACUCUGGCUCUGUUUAAUGCAACACACUCCCUCUGUUUUGUGAAUCCCCAAUUGUCAAGGCCAA